AUGAACUUGGACAACACAACCAGCCCAAACCAAGGAGGUUGUACGGCCAAGGGCAUGCUACAAGGACAGUUUGUCAUAUGUGAGUGUUUAUUCCAGUCCUGGCGGCAGCAUGGGAGAACAGCAGGUCAUCCAUCAAAAUCUGCUCUGCCCCCCUCCAUAAGCCAGCUGCUUAUAUUCGAGUUAGUAGUAGCAGACUUGCAAAGAAAAAUCAGAGAGGCGUUUGAAGUGUUUGACCAUGAGCUGAAUAAUACAGUGGAUGUGAGAGAGAUCGGAACCAUCAUCAGGUCCCUGGGAUGCUGCCCGAACGAAGGGGAGCUGCAUGAUCUGAUUGCAGAGGUAGAGGAAGAAGAACCCACUGGGUACAUUCGAUUUGAAAAAUUUCUUCCAGUGAUGACCAAUAUACUAGUGGAGAAAAGAUACAGACCAAUUCCAGAAGAAAUCCUUCUUCAAGCUUUUGAGGUAUUAGAUCCAACUAAACGUGGAUUUCUUUCUAAGGAAGAACUGAUCAAGUAUAUGACUGAAGAAGGUGAGCCCUUUUCUCAGGAGGAAAUGGAAGAAAUGCUGUCUGCUGCAAUUGGCCCAGAAUCGAAUUUCAUUCAUUACAGGGACUACAUAACCAUGAUGGUGAUAGAUGAAAAUUAAACACUAUGAAGGCUUACUUUCUAAUUGAAAGGAUAAUUUUUAAAAA